GUUUUAACUAAUAUGAUAUCGCAAUUUAAUUGGUUGGAAUCUUUGCUUUUGUUUCGUUAUAUAACAAACGAUUGUUUAACAUUUAUAGGUUGAGGAAUUAUGGCUGAUGCUGGCGAGUCAUCUCGUGUGAUUUUGAUCCCGAUUGAUGGCAGUGAUCAUUGUGAUCGAGCAUUUCGUUGGUACUUGGAAAAUAUGAAACGUGACACUGACUGCCUAACAUUUGUACACGUAAUAGAGCCAGUUUAUAACACUCCAGCCAUUGGAAUGACAAUGGAAUCUCCUCCAAUACCUGACAUGACACGAGUUAUGGAAGAAAGCAUUGAACAAGGUAAAAAGCUUGGUCAGAAGUAUAUGCACGAAGCUAAAAGUCACAAGCUCAAUGCUAAGGCGUUUUUACAUGUUGAUACCAAACCUGGUAGCUCUCUGGUAAAAGCAAUUUCAGACCAUAAGGCAAACGUUAUUCUGAUGGGCAAUCGUGGUCUUGGAGCUAUUCGUCGUACAUUCUUGGGGAGUGUUAGCGAUUAUGUACUUCACCACGCUCAUAUUCCCGUAGUUAUCGUCCCACCUCAAGAGAAGCAGUAACUUUUUCUUCAAUUACAAUAUCCAUUCUCCAUUUAAGAGUUAGAAACUAUUACUUUGUUUAGGAUGAAAAAACUGUUGUCGACGGGAUCGUUAGUACUUACAAUUUGUAAUUUCAAUUGAUGAAAUAAAGACUUCUAAUCUAUCGUUGCAUUCAAAUGACCGGACCAAUCGAUAAGGGAGUGACAUGCACAGCUACAACCCAAUAGACAAAGUUAAUUAGCAGGAAAUCUGAAUGGCUGUUAUACGAAUGUUUUAAAUAUGCCGCAGUGCAAAGAUACUACGUUGGUUGACAGUACAUUAAAUGUCAACAAAAAGGGGCUGUAAUAUUUGAACAAUAAUAAAGACUAAUUAUGAAAUAUAUGGAUUGUUACUAUAAAUUUCUGUUGUUUCUAUGUCAAUGCUGUUGAACAGAAGUGAAAUUGAUUUUAAUUUAUUGUCUUUUGAUGUUUCAAUAUAAUUCUUCUGGAGCUACUUAUCACUGUUCAUUGUUCCGUAAACACUUAUUCGUUAUGUAGUAUAAUAUUUCAUUGUAAAACAUAUCGAGCGUUCCUUGUAAGUUUAGUAUAUAAUAUGUUUAUUGUGGGGUAGAAGUAAUGAUUGUUCAUUUUUACUCAUCAGAAGAAAACUAUUCAGUAUUUCACAACUUCAUACAACUAAGCACAGUAAUUAUAAAACUAAAUGAAAUACGUCAUUUGAUCUAUUCAAUACUAUAUUUCAUAUAAAAUAGCAGUUCAAAGUCCAUUAAGUUAUCUACAAAACGAAAGAUAUUUUUCACAAAGUUUAAUCAUACAAAAAUCUAUAAUAUUCUGUUUCCAAUUGUUUUUUUUAUAGAAUGUAUCGUCUCUCAAUAUGAG